UUCUGCGAUAAAGUCGAAGAGUCCGCAUCGGACUUUCCUACGCGAAUUAACCAUAUUUUUAUUUUUAUUUUAUUUUAUUUUUAUUUUUAUUUAAAUUUAAUUUGUUUCUCGUUGGCCUCAAACCAACCCUACCUCACCACGUGAAGCGAAGCGGGAGAAGCCGAAAUCUGAUUCGCAGAGGGAAAAAAGGAAAAAGAUCGAGAGAGAGAUAGAGAGAAGGGCGUCCAUCUCGGGGGAGACAAUCAAAGAAGGCGCACCCGCCGGCUUCCAUUCUUUGCCCAUAAGUCCGUGUCGCGAGUGGACUGUUCCAUUGCGGGAUCUGCUUGCGUUGUUCCACUUGGAACGGAGCUGGGGAGACCUUUAAGCUUUCGUUCUAGAUGUGGUCGUCUUGAAGUCGUUUGGAGUUGAUUCGAUCAAAAAGUUGCAAUUUUUUUUUGGGAGGGUCGGAGAAGGAAUCUGGGGAUUGCGUCAAAAAUGAACUUGAAGGAUAAUAGCAGAUGGAAAAAGUUUUCGGUUUGGAAUAUUAUACGGAGCAAUGAUAAUAAUGUUAGAAACACAAGCAAAGGUACCACGCCAGUUGAAUUUCGAGGAAGUCCACAUUUCUCAACCUCUUCAGUUGCCAUUGGGAAAAGCAUUUCUGAAACAGAUUCACAGGUUGAGAGCGUGAUUCUCGGUGACUAUCUGUCUAGAGCUUCCAGCACCAUAACUAGCAAGGCAAUCAGGAUUUUUGUGGCAACAUGGAAUGUUGGAGGAAAUACUCCUCAUAAGGGGCUUAACCUAAGUGACUUCCUCCCCUCUGAUGAUCACUCAGAUUUAUAUGUUUUAGGCUUUCAGGAGAUAGUUCCUCUGAAUGCUGGAAAUGUACUUGUAAUUGAGGACAAUGAACCUGCAACAAAGUGGCUAUCUCUAAUUAACCAAGCAUUGAAUGGUCCAAUUGAUUCAGAGACUGAUAUUGAAUCACACACAUCAUCUCCUUAUAUCGACUCUACAUCAUCCCAGGCUUCCAACAUUAAGACUCCAAUAUCUAGAGAGUCAAAAUUGGCAGGCGGGUCAUUGUUCUUUCAGAAACCAUCACUCAAAGCUGUUAGCAAAACUUUCAGAACAGAGGAGGGACGCCGUUUAAGGGCCUGCAACUGCCCUGCUGAAGCAACAAGGAAGUACUACAGGGAGUCAUGUUUUAGUUGCCAGCAUGCUCACUUCAGUGACAAAGACUCAGAGGAGGAGGAAGAAGAAGAAGAAGAAGAGGAAGAGGAAGCAGGAAGUUAUUCUCUUUCAGGUUUUCCUGUUACACCUACAAGAAGUAAGCAGAAGUAUAGCCUUAUAGCCAGCAAACAGAUGGUGGGGAUUUUUGUUACUGUCUGGCUGAGGAGAGAACUUGUCCAGUACAUAGGACACCUACGAGUCUCUUGUAUCGGAAGGGGCAUUAUGGGUUAUCUUGGUAAUAAGGGAUGCAUUUCAGUGAGCAUGUCAUUGCACCAAACAAGCUUUUGCUUCGUUUGCAGUCAUUUGGCUUCAGGGGAGAAAGGAGGUGAUGAGUUGAAAAGAAAUUCUGACGUUUCAGUAAUACUGAAACAUACACAAUUCAGGAAAAUUUGCAGAACUGGUCGAAGAAUACCUGUAAAAAUUCUUGAGCAUGACUGUGUCAUAUGGUUGGGGGAUUUAAAUUACCGGAUUUCUUUGAGCUAUAGUGAAACUAAAAAUCUUCUUGAGGAUAAUAACUGGGGUGCACUUUUCGAGAAGGAUCAGCUUAAAAUUGAAAGAGAAGCUGGGAGAGUGUUCAAGGGAUGGAAUGAAGGGAAGAUCUACUUUGCUCCAACUUACAAAUACUCAAACAACUCAGAUAUGUAUGCUGGCGAGAUUGCAACAUCAAAGAAGAAACGGAGAACACCUGCAUGGUGUGAUCGCAUUCUGUGGCAUGGUCAUGGAAUUGUGCAGUUGUCUUACAUCAGAGGGGAGUCUAAAUUUUCAGACCAUCGACCGGUUUGUGCAGUGUUUACUGUGGAGGUUGGGGUGAGUGAUGAUAGGUCAAAGAAUCUAUCCACUCCUAACAUGAGAGUUGGUGCAGAAGAGAUCUUGCAUCAGAGAGCCAAUUGCUAACACAUGCAAGUAUGCCAAAAGCAUGUAAUUUACAUUAAUGUGAAACUAUAGUGGUUUCACUUUAGAUGUCAAGAGCUAUUCAUUCUUGUGGAUCUGUGUUACAUGUUGCUUCCGUGCACAGCAUGAUUUAUACAACUUGCUUCUCCUAAGGAAGGAUACAUUGAGAACAAGAGAAAUCCUAAAGGUAUAAUCAAGUUACUGAAGCGAAAGCUUCAAUUUGCUGUAGUUACCAAACUGUAAAGUAUUAUAGAUCAUGUCACACAAAUGGGGUUACGAACUUUGAAUAUUUUGUUGACCGGGAUUUUUUCUGGACCCAGUUGAUUUAACCUUCUUAUUGUAAUCAUAAUGCAGAAAAUUGAG